CGGCGGGCCAUGGAAGAGCCGGGGACGAAGGCGAGCGCCCCGAGGCAGCUGGCCCUGGAGCAGGUGUACCGGCUGGCCGGGGCGCUGGGCUCGGAGCUGCAGCGCCUCUCGGACCUCUGCGGGCCGGGCGCCGUGGCCGGCCUGGUGACGCAGGUGGUGUGCCUGCUCGAGCUGCUGGAGGCUCUGGCGGCCGGCGUCGGGCCCCGCAAGCAACCCUCGCCGCUGCAACAGGACGCGCCGGCCGGGGAGCAGGAUGGGGAGCAGACCCAGAUCCACUCGGAAGGUCAGAAGAGAGAGCACCUGAUGCGGGCGCACCUGGCCCAGGUGGAAGAGGAGAACCAAAAGCUCUUGGCCCAGCUAGCUGAUGGACAGUCCCAAGCAGACAGGACCACGCGCCAAGAGAGGGAGGUGAUGCUGCGCCUCAAGAAGGUGGUGGACAAACAGCGGGACGAGAUCCGCGCUCAGGCCCACGAGAUCCUCAGCAAGAGCCGCGACGUGGAGGCGUUGCAGGAACAGCUCAGCCGUUUCAUGGCCGUGAACGAGGAGCUGCGUCACAAGCUGGCCAUUGUUCGGGCACAGCUGAAGAAGGCCCUGGAGGAGAAGGAGGGCCUGGAGAAUGCUGUCCUGGAGACCAGCCGGGAAGCCGACAGGCUGAACAAGGUGUGGGGGGGAAGAGAUCCCUCCAGAGCUGGCACGGACAAGGGUGCAGCAGCGGCAGCACCCUCGCCUAGUGAGGAGUCCCCUUGCAGACACCCAGGAGGGAGAUGCUUCUCCAAGGAAGAACUUCAGCAGAUCCUUCAAGAGCGCAACGAGCUCAAGACCAGCCUGUUCUUGGUGCAGGAGGAGCUGGCCUAUUACCAGCGGGAGCUGCUUAACAACGAGCGAAUUCCCAGUCUCCUCCUGGCUGCCAUGAAAUCGGCCAUCCGGAAGCAGAACAAGAAGGUCCGUGCCAAGAUGCUGGGGACAGCGGAAGAGUCGGGGAGCAGUGAGGAAGAGGAGGAAGAAGGGGCGUGGCUGGCUGCACCAGACUCAGACACGGUGGACGGCCCCGUGGCCCCAUCCAGAAUCAAAAGCUUUUUUGGCCUGUGGUAUCGCAGCAGCAGCACAACCAGCACCAAAGACAGCUCCCCUGAAGCCAGCCCUGCAGCCUGGGAGAUUGUCGAUCCACAGGAGGUUGGCCCAGAACAAGUUGAGAAGGCAGAGGAGGAGAGAAAAGUAGCCUGAAUAGAAGCUCCCCCUUGCCCUGGACCAGAUGGUUGGACCCACGGAACUGUCAUGUCUGAGCUGAUAAUACAGAGGAACGUGGCUUCAGAUGGUCUGGGGACACCAUGCUUGCAUCAACCAUCCCA